CACCCACUACUGGCAGGUCGACCUCCUCCUCCUCCUCCUCCUCCUCCUCCUCUUCAUCACCGACAGCAGAGUAGUUCCAGCGGUGUGCCAGACUUUAUUCUACUUUUCUGAAAAGGUGGUGAGCAUUGCUGACGUUGACAUGACUUUGUGAGUGCAGGAGGUCCAAGAUGCCGAGAGGAAGCAGAGGAACAAAGAGGAACUUGGCAGACGGCGUUUUAGAGCCCUCGUCCAAAUCUUCCAAAGUCACCUUCCUGAGCCCGUCUCUCGUCCUCCUGGAGAUUCCUGCUGGCACCAACACCAGCCUGCCGGUGUGGGAGGCCAUGAGAUCCCAGCAGGUUGACAUCGCCUGGACCGUCAACCCCUACAGCGUCAGUGUCCAUUUGACCCCUGUGACCUCCGAGCAAGGGAAGAGUACAACCUCCACCCAAACUGAAAGCACUUCCAGCGUGGCGGCACAGACCUUAGUGCCUUCUUCCGGGAUCCUGCAGCCUCGGAUGGUCAUCCAGUCCAUCACCCAGCAACACGGCGCCGCACAGAACUCCUGCGUCCUGCUCUCCCUUCCCCAAAACGCCACCCAAUUGCCUCCAAACCCUACGGCGGCCACCUCCCUCGUCGUUUCCCUGCCACUCAUCAUCGCACAACCACAGCCUGCCCAUCAGCCCAGCACCCCUACUAAGAAACAGGCCCUACCCGCCAUCCAGAACCCGACAGCCACCCCCACCAAGCUGCAAGCCCCGUCCAAAGGGCCCGUCCCGUCUCCGUUCCACACCAAGAGCGCCUCCGACGUCCAGGUCUGUGACAACUUCCUCCUGAGUUUGUGUCGCGCAGGGAAAAAGUGUAAGAUGCACCACACCCCCUACCCGUUUCACUGGCAGCUGUGGUGCGUGACCACCCACCAGUGGGUCGACAUACCCUCUCACUCCCAGGUCUUACUGGAGAGAAGCUACUGCAAUGUCAGCCAAGAGGCCAUUUGCAUCAAGGAUGGGACCGUCCGCUACAGUCUGUCCUUUGACUCGAUGGAGUUGGACGACUCAUCGAGGCCAAAGUAUGACGGAGUGAGACGACUGACUAACUCUGACAGUGUGGUCAAGAACCCUUACUUUCCCAGCAAAUGGAGAAUCUACUGGUGGAACAUCCUCGACUGGGAAGAGUACAACAAGGAUGUGUCCACCCUGCUGCUAACAAAGAUGAGCGAUAAGGAGCCCGAUUGUUCUUUCUUCAUCGGAUCCAAGGAGUACGAGGUGGACUUCACCACCAUGGUCCAGACCAACGUCACCACGGGCUUCUGCAGAGAAGUUCGCUGCAGACCCUUCUACCGCUCGCCCGACUCCAUGCGGCCUUACCUGCAGACAGGAGUCCAGACUGAGCCCGACGCUGAUCCUCCGGGGGCCAAUUUCAGCGUGGACCCUCUGGAGGAGUUCAGCUCCUGGUAUCCUCCCGUGUGGCGUCUGGACUCGGAGCAGGACUACAGCUUGGUGGACGUCCCGGCCGGCACGCGGGCCUACCAGAGUGUCCAAAACCUCUUCUCCGAGAGCCUGCCUGAAACCAAGGCGGACAUCCUCAGCAUCCAGCAGGUCCAGAACCUCCUCCACUGGGACAAGUACCAAAGGCACAAGGUGUACAUGCAGAAGCAGCGCGCCGCGUCCGAGGAGCCUCUGGAAAGACAUCUCUUCCACGGGACGACCAAAGAGUCCUCGGAGGACAUCUGCCACAACAACUUCGACCCCCGCAUGGCCGGCGUCAACGGGACGUCCAACGGUUUCGGCUCCUACUUCGCCACCGCCGCCUUGUUCUCCAACACCUACGCGGUCAAGUCCGGGCCGGACGAGGUCCGCCACAUGUUUCUAGCCAAAGUCCUGGUGGGGAAGGUGAUUAACGGGAGGAGCAACUACCGCCGGCCGCCGCAGCUCAGCUUCAAGACGAGUCCGUUUUGUCUCUACGACACCUGCGUGGACAGCAUGCACAAACCCACCAUGUUUGUAGUCUUCGAUAGCUGUCAGUGCUACCCAUACUACCUCAUCAAGUACAAAGACCUGCCCAAAGAGAUCGAUAUCUCAUGAAGAAGCGGACAGCAGGGGGAGUUAGCUGAUGUUGAUUGUUCUUAAAAGGCGUCCA